AUGAGUACAUCCGUGACACACGUGUUCACGGUAGACGACAUCCCGCUUGGACCCGAUGGAAAGACCCCUCUCCGAAGAUCCAAGCGUAUCCGCAAAGUCAAAGGGGAUCACGUCCUAAUCGAAGAGGAGCAAACGAUCAAAGGCAUAGACUACAAGAGACGUCUCUUAUACGAUGAGAAUAUAAAGAAGACCGUUAAGCUCUACGCCAACAGAGCGCUGAAUGUCAACCUCGACAAUCUGUGGCCUGGACGUAUCGUCAAAGCGAUUGCCUGCUAUCCUCAGACCAACUUGAAGAUCGAGCCAUAUGACGGCAAGACUGCAGCGACUCGCUUGGCGGGACCAGUCGAGGCAAAGUUCCGGUACAUGAUCGUUGUCUGCAGGACUGAUCAGGGUGUGACCGCUGUACCUCUCUACACUUUGUCCGAGGCGAAAAUGCGCGCUUCUAGAUGGGAAGAAUAUGUCAGUGUCUGUACAGAGCCUCUCUGGAGGGGCGAAACGCCCUGGGCCGGUAUGCCAAUCCUCGCUAAGUUCAACAAAGAGUACGACUGCGAGGACAAAUGUUUUGCCGAUCUGUCUCGUCUACACUUUAUCGGACAGAAUGAAGCAAUCGCACACGACGUUGGCAGGGUUACCGGUGGAGAAUACAAAAGAUUGAUGGAUCUUAUCAACAUGAAGGAACGCCAGUUUAGGACGGCUGCCUUCGCAAACUUCGACACAAACAACAACGCGCCUGAGAUCUACUCCCCUUGGACGCCGACCAAGCCGCAUCAGCCAUUGCCAGGAAGGAGAUACGCAGACGACAGGACAAGAAGGAUGGAUGCGAAAAAAUUUGCUUAG